CCGUUCCGGACGGUUCAUAUCGCGGCGCGCUGCCACUGUGGCAACACGUUUUCGCGGAUGCUCUCGUCUAGAAGAGAUCUAGUGCCGAACCCAUCAGUUGUCAAUCCUUUUCGAUCUUAAUUUCGUAAUGCUGGAGAGCUUACCGGCGGUAUAACACUGGUGACAGCUGUCGUGAUCGGUGGAACGAUCAAGUCGCUCGUUUUCGAGUUCGCGUGCUCUGGAUGUGGAAAUUCCGAUACCGAGAUUCGUGAGUGAGAGACGAACACACGAGGGAAAGGAAACUGGCGAAACAGAUCGUAACGAGAGAGAAGAUCUUGGAGCUACUAGAAUCGGUAGUGUUGCGCUGGACUAGGAUGUCGUUCUUCAGGGGUUUGUGGAAGAGCAGCUCGAAGCAUAAGAAGCUGUGCGAGGAAUGGGCGCUGGCGAACAGCCGUGAGUGCGUAGAAGGUGGCGGCUCGGCCGGUACGACACACGGGGAGGAAUCCGAGGAUGCGUCCGAGGCGAGGUUCACUCUUAAAUAUCUGGGCAGCACCCUCGUUGAAACGCCCUCAAGCGAAGAGGCUACAGCGGAAGCCAUCAAGACCGUCAUCACUAUGGCGAAAGCGAGCGGAAAAAAACUGCAAAGGGUCUCCUUGGCUAUAAGUUUAAGAGGAAUUAGAAUGACGGACUUGGCUACCGAAGAAGAUCAACUUCAAGUGUCAAUAUACAGGAUCUCGUAUUGUUCGGCCGACGCGACGCACGAUCACGUGUUCGCGUUCAUCGCGACCAAUCUGAACGAGACGAUGGAGUGCCACGCGUUUCUCUGCCCGAAGAGAAAAAUGGCACAGACGGUGACUCUGACGGUAGCGCAGGCCUUCAACACGGCUUAUCAGGCGUGGCAGUUGUCGCAGUCCGAUCCUAGGAUUCAUCACACCCAGGAUAAGAGUUCUGCCUUGACGAACGACAGGAUCGACAAUAACGAGAAGAAGAACGCUAGCGAGACAAAGACCAGCAACGGUAAGAUUAACGAGCAAAACAAGCAAAAUGGCCAGCAACGACGCAAUGACAGUCAAAAGAAUCUCUUGAUCGAUCUGUCGAAUGACCCCAAGCCAACGGGAAAUUCAUGGGUAUGCUUUGAAGAAGAUUCAGACAUGAAGAAAGGCCAAAAGAAAAAUACGGCUCUCAACAACAGCAUUCCCAUGACCACUCUAAGGCACCACACCUCAGCCUCCACGCCGGCUCAUCAUGUGGUGCCCCGACCAAGCACCGGCUUCAAGGUACAGAAUGCUUGGGGCGAGUCCAGAUCGGUCGAUCUAAUGUGCUCGUAGCAGGCAGGAUAGCCGGCGGCCGAUAGCUUCAGGGAUGUGCCGUUAAUCACGGGCCUCUGGAAGCACCUAUCAAACAACGGCCAACCUAAAAAGACCAACGGCAGUCAUUAGGACCCCGCGAAGCUAUCCUUUCCGGCCUUUCAGCGCGGAGACUUUUCAAAUUUCAAAAAUCAAGGAUCCUCGCCAGUCCUUCGCUUUACGUACUUUUGUCAAAUGCUGCGAGGAAAAACAGCGACGAAUCACGACGGUAGUUUGUGUGAUGCAAUCUUUAAGGAACCAUGCCUAUUUCGUAUUCGUUGAGGGAUAUGAAGGCAAUCGCGGGUGAUUUUUACCGGUAUGACAACGGCGAUAGUUUUAACAAGGACCAAAGAGCGGCAGAAAGAUAUCGGUAAUCGAGGUGAGAGCAAUUUGUAAUGGAUUUUAUAUAACAGCGUAUAUAUAUAUAUAAUAUACAUACUUGUGCCAAUUACUUUACACAUACAUAUCGCACAACAUAACUGAAGGGAGUGUGAAUGAAGACACUCACUUUUCUGUCGUUUUUGAUGUGGUGUAUUGACUCUGGAAAUUAGAUUAUAUAUACACGUAUAUGUAUAAAAUUAGUCGCAGAUUUUCGCGCUACCAGAGAAUAGGAUUCCAAAGAUAAAGAUUAAGAUGCAAUUUUGAUUCAAAGUUCAUCGGAGAAUUGAAAAAUACGAUGCAAAUAUCACAGAUGAAUCUAUUAUCAAAUAUAUUAGAAAUUCUUCUUAAGAAUUUUAAUAUAAUUUUUAUUGUAAUUUUGAAAAAAAUAUUAAUUAAUUAAUAAGAGCAUUUUAAAAAAGAAAGAUAUCUAAAACUAAUUAUAAAAUAUAUCGUGUUACAAUAUAGAAAUAAGCUAUGUAGACAUAUGGUUGAUUUUCUAUAUAUUUAUCUUAUUUUUAUCGAUACUAAUUAUUUAAUCUUCUAUUUCUACUUCUAUUCUACUUCUAUUAAAUUUCUAAACGCGUUUCUUAUUUUCUUUUUGUAGAAUAAUCGAUGUCGAAUUAAUUAGUUUUUGCAUCGAGAUUUUCAAUUAUAUCGAUCGGAGUACAAUUCCCACAUUCCUAAAUUGAUUAAACUUAGAGUCUUAAUGCUAAAAUGCAUCCCGUCCAAAUUCGAAAAGUUUGCUGCCACAUUGUAACCCCGUACAUUUCGAAUACUUUACACACAUUUACGAUGCAAUGUGCGAAUAAAUCGUUUUAAGAGUUUUGGAGUUAACUCCCGUCACGUGAAGAAUGCGUGUUCCAGAGUUGAUACGUGUUUGUUACUUUUGUUGAAAAUGUGCUAUAAUGAAAAACGAAGAAAUCGAGAAAAUGGGAGCCAGGUUUCGUAGAUCGAUUCCCUAUUACGGUGCUGGAUAGAGAUAAUCUUUUACCUAAUCGUUGAUAGUCGAGUCUUUGAUUGAAUAGCUGGGCUAUUUCUCGGUUGCAAUUGAUUAAAGUUUUCCGCUUAAAAUCAUAGUUGUAGUUAUUUAGAUGAAUACGAACAAGUCGCAUUAUAUAAUUCUUAAUACAUUAUUGAUGUGAUUUGCAAUCGGAGCUCGUUUUAUGAGAGACUCGUUUUUUCAUAUUUCGAACGAAUCGAGUUUGUCGAACAGACUUUCUCGUGCCGAUAGCGAUUUUAUUGAUAGCGUUCGGCGGAGAGCGACUGCUAUCGAAUUUUACUGCAAUACUAUAUAUUAAACAAUAUUAAACAUGAAUGUGUUGAUGUAUACGUUACGAAUAAAUAUGUGCGCGUAGUAGCUGGUAGGGCGUAACAAUGCCACGAAGAUAACCGAGGAGCGUUAACAUGAUUUAGCGUUACCUAUAGAUUGAUCAUUUAAUUAAUCGGCUGUCAAACGUCAAAUACGUAAAUGUGUUAUAGUUUUAAAAAUCAUGUGUAAAAAUGAUUACCUGUGCGAUUCCAUAUCACGCACGAUCAUCUUAUUGAACAAUUUAAAUUCUUGUUUCGAGUAAUUCUAUUGUCGAUUCCGUUUUAAUAUUAUGAGGAAUGAACAAAUACACUGAAGGAAAAUCAAUAACUUGGCAUUUCUUUAUCGGACGGUUAAGAUACAUGUGUAUGUAACAGGUUGUAUCCAUUUCCGAAAAAGCUACAGCAGAUAUAGUACGUUAUAUAAGAAAUCAUUGUGAAUUAGUUAGUGUCAUAUCCUCGAAAAAGAACAUUUUUAGAACUUAGAAUUAUGACGAUUCUGACGGUUAUCUCAAUUUAAGAUUUCUGAAAUCUGGAAUUUCUGGUUUGCAAAAUUUAUUGUGGGAUAACAUUAAAAUGCUUCCCUUCUAAUCGUAAGUCCUUUCUUGAUCAAGAUUUUUAUACGAAAUUUCUUAUUUUUGUUUAAGUAUAAUGUAUAAUAUUAAUGUAUAACACUUUAUAACUUCAUUUUACUAUUGUACUAUUUAAUUGCUAUUAAGAAAUUUAUGUUAUCAUAAAGCAGCCUCAAUUAGGAGAAAUAUUUUUCUAACAAUAAGAUAAAAUAUAAUAAACUAAGUUUCUUUCACAGCACAUAAAAUUUAUAGUCUCAAUAUUCGUCUCAAUAUUCGUUUAUCUUAUUAUAACUACAUUUUCACAACUUUGCCGAAUGAUGUCUAUGUCAAGAAAGGAUUAUGAUACUCAGAUUAUUUUAUAACAGAUGGAUUGUGUAUCAGUGACAAAUGUGAACGUUGAAACGCACGCUGAUAAUCGUUCCGAAGUAGACAAAACACAUCACGAUAAUUUUACAUAGAUGCGUGUUAGUCGCUUACGAUCAUCGCACUUGUAUUAUCACGGGAAUGUUACAUAUUACAUUGUUGCGCUAAAUGUUCGUAGUUCGUAAGCAGCACGAAUCAAAUAUACGUAUACAUAUCCGAC